UUUUUUCCCUCUCUCGCGCGUUGAACUGAACAUGCUUCGCGCAGUCGGAUAAACCCCUCGUCACGAGCCGUUUAAAAGGCUUAAGAAAAACUAGGACGAAGUACAAGGCGAAGAGGAAGAACAUGGGUCGCUCGAUUCUCUCCCACUUCCUCACCAUCUCACACUCCUCUUAUCCACUCUUUCCUCCGUCACUAUGCGGUGGAUCCCCAAUGAAUUACAUGAAAAAAACCGAUUUUUUUCGUAGUCCUCGGCGUCCCAGUGGCCUUCGUGGAACCGGUUUCCGGUGCUUUUGCAGUGUCUCGGUCACCGAACCCCUUGUGCCGGAGACUCCUCCAAGCUCUGUGAAGAAAAGGAUCGUGUCUGGAGUUCAACCAACUGGAUCUAUUCACCUUGGAAAUUAUCUUGGCGCCAUAAAGAAUUGGAUUUCACUUCAGAACGCUUAUGAUACUCUCUUCUUUAUUGUGGACCUCCAUGCGAUCACAUUACCAUAUGAAACACAACAACUAUCAAAGGCAACAAAGGAUACUGCAGCCAUUUAUUUGGCAUGUGGUGUGGACACUUCAAAGGCUUCUGUUUUUGUGCAAUCUCAUGUUCGUGCCCAUGUGGAACUAAUGUGGUUAUUGAGUUCUGCAACACCAAUUGGCUGGCUCAACAAAAUGAUUCAAUUCAAAGAGAAAUCUCGCAAGGCGGGGGAUGAAAAUGUUGCUGUUGCUCUUUUGACCUAUCCCGUGCUGAUGGCUUCUGAUAUUCUCUUAUAUCAGUCUGACUUUGUACCUGUUGGUGAGGAUCAGAAGCAGCAUCUGGAAUUGACUCGUGAGCUGGCUAAGCGUGUUAAUUACUUAUAUGGAGGAAGGAAAUGGAAGAAAUUGGGUGGGCGAGGUGGUGCUAUCUUUAAGGUUCCCGAGGCCCUUAUACCACCAGCUGGAGCCCGAGUUAUGUCCCUCACUGAUGGUCUUUCCAAGAUGUCCAAGUCUGCACCAUCUGAUCAAUCUCGAAUCAAUCUUCUUGAUUCAAAAGAUGAAAUAGCAAACAAGAUAAAACGUUGCAAAACAGACGCAUUUACUGGAUUGGAAUUUGAUAAUCCUGAAAGACCCGAAUGCAACAAUCUUCUCUCUAUAUAUCAGCUCAUGUCAGGGAAGACAAAAGAGGAAGUUGCACAGGAAUGCCAGAAUAUGAACUGGGGUACAUUUAAAGUCCUUUUAACCGAUUCCUUGAUUGAUCAUCUGCACCCUAUCCAGGUUCGCUACAAGGAAAUAACGUCUGAAUCAGCUUAUUUGGAUAGAGUUUUGGCAGAAGGUGCUACAAAAGCUGCAGAUAUUGCAGAUGCUACUCUCAAUAAUGUCUACCAGGCAAUGGGAUUCUCGCGAAGAUGAGCAGAAUUGAUGCUACUGAAAGAAUUUAUGCCGAAUGAUGAGUAAGACAGCAACCUAAGUGUAACUUUUGGAUAAUCAGUCAUUGCAAAAAGUUUUUGAAGUACAUCUCUAAGCAUGUUCUUUGAAGAGUGAAUGAAAAGUUCCGCAAAGGCCCCCAGAUUUCUUAUGUAGUUAUCUCCACUUCUCUGCUCUUAUUGGUGCAUAUAUAUUCCUGGUGCUCCAAAGAAUCUGGUAGUUUUAGGAUUUAUUUUAUUUUAUAUUUCAAAUUAUCAAGCAGUAUUUUUCAUGUAAUGGAAUAUGAUAUUAUAGGAUCUGGUUUUGCUUUUCCAUUUGUUAUACACUCAUUCAGCAGAACUAGAGCUCAGAUAAAUCUCAUUUUUUGUCU